AUGCGUGUUAGAGUUAAAGCGCCGAAAACUAAAGAGGAACCUUAUCCAGACUAUGAUAAAAGGAAACGCGCUCCGCCUCGGAGAUUUCAGCCUUAUGCAACAGGGAAAUCCCUAUCAGUCGUGGACGCUCACCUGCAAGCGGCGGAGAAGGAGAAGAAUCAAGCCCUGAAGAGACAGAAGAGCCUGCGGAAGAGAUUGGAGAAGUCGAGUCUAAUUCCAACAAGCAGCAGCAGCAGCAGCAGCAACAAUUUAGUGAAGACGACGGAAGCGCUGACACAGCCGAAACAUCAGCCGAGUUCGAUAAGCCUUCAAGACAGACAAAACGUAAAAAGCACAAGUUUGGAUCAAUGGCAAAAUCAGCUCACGUAUCAGCUCAACUCGAUAGGAAUCGGGACGAAGGGGGCCACUCCGCAAACAACUCAAAGUCUGUUAUCACCAGUUCUGAUUACAGAAAAUGGCGGGCUUCUGUACGCAACAAGCCUUCUAGGCGAAAAACAAGAACGGGACUAUUACGAUUCCGAGAGCUCUGAGUCUUCAGAGUAUUAUGAGCCCACAACUGAAGAAGAAUAUGAUUACGACUCCGACUAUCAGCCAGUUAGAUCCUUCGCGAGUGCAGGAACUCGAAGAAAACAACUCAAAACCAGAGAGUUUUGGCGCCAGCGAAGUUCCAAGACUAGCAACAAACCAAAGCGAGGGGGUAGAGUCACCAUUGUUAAAAACAAAUCCAGUAAACGACCAACUCGAAAGCGAAGAGUCAGAUUUACUCCUGACACAAGCGCCGACGACGAGUCCUCAGAAUCUGACAACGAAUCCGCCAGAGGUGGAAGAGCUGGUUCGACGCCCUCGAGAAAUAGACGAUCUUGUCUUCGAAACUCCGAGAAAAAACGCAGAAAAAGGGAGUCAGAAAAAGAAAGCGACACACAUCGAGAAGGAGAGCCAAUCUCCGACAUGGAAAACUUCUGGAAUUAA